AUGAUGAUGAUGAACUGGAACCAUGAACAACAACAGCAGCAGCACUUUCCCAUCCACCAGCCGAUGCUCUCCGCGCAGCAGCAGCAGCAGCAACAGCAGCAGCAGCAGCAGCAGCAACAACAGCCGGCACAGCCUUCUGCUCCACCGCCUCCACAGACUCAGGAAGGCGCUUUUUUUUUCCCACAACAGCAUCCUCCACAACAACUGCCGUCACAACGACAUCAAGCACUGCCGUCGUACCAAUACUUUCUUAGUCAAACUCGUUCGUCUCCGCAAAAUCGGUCUUCAUCGACAGAGGGGCCACAGCAACAACAGCAACAGCAGCAACAGCAGCAACAGCAGCAACAUCCCAAGUUACAACCGUUUUUGCCUGGUUUAUCACAAGCCCGAAAUACUAGUGUAAUAAACACCCAGACGAAUACAAUCGUUGACAAUACUGCAACCACUGUAAGAACAAAUCCGACUGAUGAAAACAGUCAAAGCAAAAAUUCAAGCGUAGAUUCUUCAACGACAUCAUCAAAAUUCCUAAAUAUUAAGUCUGAUAAUAGAGCUACGUCGGUUGAUGAAGAAUCACUCAUACAUAAAUGCCACCUUUGCGAAAAAUCUUUCAAAAGAAAAUCAUGGUUAAAGAGACACCUAUUAUCACAUUCUCCAAGGCGACAUUUUCAAUGCCCCUGGUGUUUAAGUAAGCAUAAGAGGAAGGACAAUUUAUUGCAGCAUAUGAAAUUAAAGCAUACCGAUUACGUAUUAAGGGAAUUAAAACGCAACGAUAUUUCUUUCAGUCCUCCAUCAGACACAACCAAUGAAAAUAUUAGAACUUUACUUUGCGAAGGUAGGCUAAAUAAAGACGAAGUCAAAAAGGUUUUAAAUUUAUUGAUUGAUAAACACAAUGAUGAGACUUGA